GGAAUGCGCAUGCGUCCGGACUCUAGGCUUGGCAUUUGGGGGAGAAGAAUCUGUCCAGAUGGAUAAUGUUUAAGGAACAUUCUGAAAUUCAAGUGAAAAAGAAGGUAGCAGAUAAUAGUUAAAAGUUAUCCACCCAAGAUAACUUUGGUGUGAGAAAAUUCAAUGUGAAAUCAGCAUUGAAAUUUAUUGCCUGUUCCAGUCCAAGUUUGUAGGCUAUAGAAAAAAAAAAAUCCUGAGGUUUGCACCUAUAAAUUUAUACCAAGAUAAACUCAGGAUGUCCAGCAAGGAAGUAAAGACUGCUCUAAAAAGCGCUAGAGAUGCAAUCAGAAACAAAGAAUACAAAGAAGCGUUGAAACAUUGUAAGACAGUGUUAAAACAAGAGAAAAGUAACUAUAAUGCCUGGGUUUUUAUUGGUGUUGCUGCAGCUGAGCUCCAACAACCCGAUCAGGCCCAGGGCGCCUAUAAGAAAGCUGCUGAACUCGAGCCAGACCAGUUACUGGCUUGGCAGGGGUUAGCAAGCUUAUAUGAGAAAUGUAAACACAUAAAUGCUAAGGAUGACUUACCUGGUGUUUAUCAAAAGCUCCUGGAUCUUUAUGAAAGUGUUGACAAACAGAAGUGGUGCGAUGUCUGUAAGAAACUUGUGGAUCUAUAUCACCAAGAAAAGAAACACGUAGAGGUGGCCCGAACAUGGCACAAAUUGAUAAAGAUGCGGCAGGAGGAAGGUGCAGAUGACCAAGAGCUUUAUCAGCUGUGGAGGAGACUGACUCAGUUGCUGGCUGAGAGUACUGAGGACCAGAAUAACGAGACCCAGCAGUUGCUUUUAACUGCUUUCGAGAAUGCACUGGGCUUAUCAGAGAUUCCUAGUGAAGAUCACCAAGUACUUUAUAGACAUUUCAUUCAGUGUUUAUCCAAAUUUCCUCAUGAGACUGCUAGGUUGAAAAAGGCCUGUGAAGGAAUGAUAAACAUCUAUCCCACUGUACAAUAUCCAUUAGAGGUGCUUUGUUUGCAUUUAAUUGAAUCAGGCAGUCUUACUGAUGAAGGACAGCAGUAUUGUCACAGACUAGUGGAAAUGGAUCCAAAAAGUGGUCCAGGCUUCAUUGGUUUGGGGAUUAAAGCAUUACAAGACAAAAAGUAUGAAGAUGCUGUUAGGAACCUAACGGAAGGCUUAAAGGAAAGCCCUCUUUGCACAGCUGGGUGGUAUCAUCUGGCCGAAGCCCAAGUUAAAAUGCAUAGACCUAAGGAAGCUGUUCUUUCAUGCAAUCAAGCUCUGAAGAACAUAGAUAAUCUUGGUGUGUCUGGUGGCAGUCUUCAUCAGAAGAAUCUUUGUCUCCGUUUGAAAGCAGAGGCUUUGAUUAAACUCUCAGAUUAUGAAUCUUCAGUGGAAGCAAUUUGUACUCUUGAUCAGGUUUCUGAUGCAAAUAAUAUCCCAGGACUUUUGGUUCUUAAAAGCUUGGCCUAUCUGAAUAAAGGCUCAUUGGAUGAAGCUUCAAAGAUUAUGGAAGACCUUCUCUCUUCUUACCCUGACCUAGCUGAAGUUCAUUACCUGGAGGCUUUGAUUCAUUUUACCAAAAAGGACUAUCCACAAGCAGAGAAAUGUUUCCAGAGAGCUCUUGAGAAAGAUGCUGAGGUUGCUGAAUAUCAUUAUCAACUUGGGUUAACAUAUUGGUUCAUGGAUGAGGAAACAAGAAAAGAUAAAACAAAGGCUCUGACUCACUUUCUAAAGGCUGCCAGACUGGACACAUACAUGGGAAAAGUUUUCUGCUAUUUAGGUCAUUACUACAGAGAUGUGGCAGGAGAUAAAAACAGAGCUCGCGGCUGUUACAGGAAAGCAUUUGAAUUAGAUGAUACUGAUGCUGAAUCAGGAGCUGCAGCAGUUGACUUAAGUGUGGAGCUUGAAGAGAUGGAAACUGCCUUAGCUCUUCUAACAACAGUUACUCAAAAGGCCAGUGCUGGGACGGCAAAGUGGGCGUGGCUUAGGCGCGGAUUAUACUAUCUGAGAGCUGGUCAGCAUUCUCAAGCAGUGGCUGAUUUGCAGGCAGCGUUAAGGGCAGACCCGAAGGACUUCAAUUGCUGGGAGUCGUUAGGAGAGGCGUACUUAAGCAGAGGUGGCUAUAUGACGGCCUUGAAAUCCUUCACCAAAGCCAGUGAGCUGAACCCGGAGUCCACAUACAGUGUGUUUAAGGUUGCCGCAAUACAGCAAGUCCUCGGCAAGUAUAAGGAGGCGAUAGCUCAGUACCAGCUCAUCAUUAAAAAGAAAGAAGAUUACGUGCCAGCUUUGAAAGGUUUGGGCGAAUGCCAUCUUUUGAUGGCAAAAGCAGCUCUAGUGGAUUAUCUUGACGGAAAAGCUGUGGACUACAUAGAAAAAGCACUGGAAUAUUUUACGUGGGCUCUGCGGCACCGAGCUGAUGUGUCUUGCCUUUGGAAGCUAGUUGGGGAUGCUUGUACCAGUCUGCAUUCUGUCUCGUCAUCUAAAGUAAAUGUUAAUGUUUUAGGAGUCCUCCUAGGUCAGAAGGAAGGAAAACAAGUAUUAACGAAGAAUGAGCUUCUCCAUCUAGGAGGAAGGUGUUAUGGUCGGGCAUUAAAGCUGAUGUCCACAUCUAAUACUUGGUGUGAUCUUGGAAUUAAUUAUUAUCGUCAGGCACAACAUCUAGCAGAAACAGGCAACAACAAGAAUGAUCUUGAAGAGCUGUUGGAAAAAUCUUUACAGUGUCUGAAAAAGGCAGUGAGACUCGACAGUAAAAACCAUUUAUACUGGAAUGCUCUUGGUGUGGUUUCAUGUUACAGUGGUAUUGGAAAUUACGCACUUGCUCAGCACUGUUUCAUCAAGUCAAUCCAGUCAGAACAAAUUAAUCCUGUUGCAUGGACCAACUUGGGAGUGUUAUACCUUGCAAAUGAGAACAUUGAGCAAGCUCAUGAAGCUUUCAAAAUGGCUCAAUCCCUUGAUCCAUCUUACUUAAUGUGCUGGAUUGGACAAGCUCUUAUUGCAGAGACAGUUGGAAGUUAUGACACCAUGGAUCUUUUCAGGCACACUACAGAACUCAGUAUGCAUACCGAGGGAGCGAUAGGUUAUGCUUAUUGGGUCUGUACAACAUUGCAAGAUAAAAGCAACAGAGAUACUGAGCUGUACCGAUACAACAUUGUUCAGAUGAAUGCUCUUCCAGCAGCACAAGUGGUUUUGAGUAAAUACAUAGAAAGAAUUCAGAAUUAUGCUCCAGCUUUCACAAUGUUGGGUUACUUAAAUGAACAUCUACAACUGAAAAAGGAAGCAGCAGAUGCAUACCAAAGGGCAAUGUUACUGUUACAAAGUGCGGAAGACCAAGAUACUUAUAAUGUUACAGUUAGAAAUUAUGGCAGAUUGUUAUGUUCCAUUGGUGACUAUGAUAAAGCCAUCCAGGCUUUUAAGUCAACACCUCUUGAAGAGUUAGAAGACAUCGUAGGUUUUGCAUUGGCUUUAUUUAUGAAAGGUCUGUAUAAGGAAAGCAGCAAAGCCUAUGAAAGAGCCUUGUCUAUUGUUGAAUCAGAGCAGGACAAAGCACAUGUCUUGACAGCCCUGGCAAUAACGGAGUAUAAACAAGGAAAAGUGGAUGUAGCCAAGACGUUGCUAUUUAAAUGCUCUAUCUUAAAAGAACCGACCGCAGAAAGCCUUCAAGCCUUGUGUGCUCUAGGUUUGACAAUGCAGGAUCCUACACUGUCAAAAGCAGCACUUAAUGAAUUACUGAAGCACACCAAACAGAAAGACAGUGAUUAUCACAAGUGCCUUCUUUCUUCAGCGAUUUAUGCCCUGCAAGGCCGCAGUGUGGCAGUGCAGAGACAGGCAUCUAAAGCUGUUCACAGUAACCCAGCCGAUCCUGCUCUCUGGUCUCUGUUGUCCCGAGUAGUUGCUCAGUAUACUCACCGAAGUGCAAAGGGAGGUGCUGUAGCAGGAAACGUGGCUCAUAUUUUGGACUCAAAUCACGGAAAGAAGGCAUUACUGUACACUGCAGUAAAUCAGUUAGCCAUGGGAAGCAGUUCAGCAGAAACUGAAAAAAAUAUUGCACUAAAGACCAUCCAGAAAGCAGCUCUUCUUUCUCCAGGUGAUCCUGCUGUGUGGGCUGGGCUAAUGGCCGCCUGUCAUGCUGAUGAUAAACUGGCUCUAGUGAACAACACUGAGCCGAAGAGAAUGGAUUUGUACUUGGCACUGUUGUCUGCUGUUUCUGCUUCAAUUAAAGACAAAGAAUUCCUUGAAAAUUAUAACCAGUCUCUUGAAAAGUGGUCUCUAUCCCAAGCUGUCACUGGUCUAAUAGACACAGGAAGAGUAUCUGAAGCUGAAGCCCUCUGCACAAAGAAUUUAAAAAGUAACCCUGAUCAGCCAGCUGUUAUCUUACUUUUGAGACAAGUUCAGUGUAAACCACUCCUGGAUUCACAAAACCCUCUCUCAGACGCUGUACUUGAAGAGCUGCAAAAAACAGUCAUGUCCAAUUCAACUUCUGUUCCAGCAUGGCAGUGGCUGGCACAUGUCUAUCAGUGCCAAGGCAUGAUGGGUGCUGCAGAGAUGUGUUACAGAAAGAGUCUACAAGUAGCAUCCCAACAGGGCAGUUGGAGUGGAAAGCUCUCAAGUCUGCUGAGAUUAGCUCUACUUGCUUUAAAAGCCUGCAUGGCUAAUAUUUCCAAUGAUCACUGGUCGUCUUUGGUUCAAGAAGCUACAACUGAGGCCUUGAAACUUUGCUUUUGUCCAUUGGCUGUAUUUUUACAAGCUUUGUUACAAUUUAACCGCAAAAUGGGGGCAAGAGAGACACGGCGACUUUUGGAAAGAGUGGUGUAUCAACCUGGAUAUCCCAAGUCUAUUGUAUCAACUGCACGUUGGUACCUGCUGAGACACUUACAUGCCAAAAAUGACUAUGAGCUUAUUGACGUGCUGGUAAACAAUGCCAAAACUCAUGGAGAUACAAGAGCAUUGGAAUUGAAUCAGAAAUUGUCCUCAGAGUAACAAUGCAUUACUUUAUAGUACAAACAAAGAAAAAGCUAUUAGAAAGAAUGAAUCAAUGAAUCAACUUUCCCCUCCCCCCCAAAAAACAUUAAAAAAAUAGUUAUAAUCAUCCACUCCUAUUUUAAUUCUAAAGACAUUUAAGUUCUUAAGGUAGGGAUUUAAUUUUCCAGAAAAUCUUAAUGUAACUUUAAUUUGAAAAAUAUCUUUGAUUUUAGAAAGUCCAUAAUAAAAGGAAAAAACAGGAUUCCCUUAGAUGUUCAUCAGUAAUUUGUAAACCAUUUUUUUUCCAUCUUGCAUUAUGCACAAUAGGAUAUUUUUUGUACCCCUCUAUGAUAAAGCCUUAAUAGCCAUUUUCCAAAUAGCACAUGCUGAAUUUUGUUUAAAAGUAAAUUCAAAGAUGUAAUUCCUUCUAUCAUUUCUAGAGUUCAGCAGACCAACUCAUCAUUACAUCUAAAUAACCUUAUAGCCUAUUUUACUAGUGGCUCAUCUCAGAUUUUCCUGAAGAAGCAUAAUGUAAAUGUCGGUGAGUCUUAGACUGCCAGUGGAUAUGUUUGUGUAACUCAGAGCACUCAGGUGUAUGACUGCAUUAAAAAAAUUAAUGGAAGAUUUUGGAAAACAAUGCUGACAGUGUUUAAUCGAUCAUGCAAUUCCUUUAAUUAUGAUGAAAAAACUUGAAUUUUCUGAAAUGAAAAAUAUAGUGUCUUAUUUUCUUUAUAGUAUGAAUAUCAGAUAUAAUUUCUAAGUUUCACAUUUUAAAACUUGAAAGCACAUUUACCUAUUUUAUUUUUUCAGAAAACCUUUUAUAUAUCUGAAGAAGCUGUAUGUUACUUACUUUGGAUUUGUGGUUUUAAAAAAUGUUUUCAGACAUUUACAUAUAUUAUUUGUUGUAUGAAAAUGUGUGGUUGUACAAUUUAUGUAUGUAGUUUUUUUAAAUCAGUUUUGUGUUAUUUUAUGAGAUAAUAUAAAUUGACAAUGUUCUGUAAUUAAAUUUUACUCCAGAGGUAGUCUAAUCUAUUGAUCUGACUAUAAUUUGAUGAAUUCACAAAUUUGGCUAAGUAUUAUCAUCAUUCAGACCUAUGCAAUCAGAAUCUUUAAGGAGAAGGGCCUAGGACUGUGCAAUGUAAAGGCAUGCCUAAGAGAUUGAAAUGUUCAUUCUGGUUUACAAACCACUAGAUUAGUCCAAUAAUGAUCCUUCCCUUUACUUUUUUCUUUAAUAGGAUCAAGCACUUGCCAUUCUCUGCCCAUCUCUUCCUUAUCCUAAUGCUUAUAAUUCAUUGUUUUUAGCAGCCUGGCCCACAGACUUAGCAAGAAAUGAGCAGGGUAUGAUCUCUGGUGCCCGUGCCCUCCUGCUUCCUCUGGAAAGCACUUUAGCCCUUACACCAGAAUGGGCCGGGUCCAUCUGCUUAAUGCUUCGAAGUCAGUUCUUGUUUUCCAUCUGCUUUCUGGGGUGUCAGUUGCUUCACAAGGUUACUUUAAUCUACAGGGUGGAUUUGGUUAGCCUUUCCUCCAGGCCUGUGACUUUUUGACUAAGUUGCCUAGUUCUGGCCUCCAGGGACCUCAGGCCCAGAUUUUCUAGAAAGGAAGGUUUGAGAACAUGCUAGUUAAUGCCAUCUCAGGUAAUUCUUUUCGCAUGGAUGGAUAUACAUCCUCUCUUUUGUUACCUUUUCUUCAGGUUACUGCCUGCUUAUUGUGAGGCUCAUGUAAUAAGUGUAUGAUUUUUAUAGUGCUUAUUUCAUACCAGACCUGCUGUUUUCAACAUGGUCAUGUAAUCCUAGUCAGUAAAGGAGAAUAGUGCUAAAGAGCAUGCUCAUAGAAACCCUGAAAUGGAAUCACUGUUGUCAGAUUCUAGGAACUUUAAAUUUCAUUUUAUAUGUAAGUUUAGAGAAAUUACAUAAGAAGUUAUUUACUGAAGUGUCAAUAUUUAGCAUUCAUAUUGUUUAUUUGAGAAUUAUAGUGCAUUUUCUGCUGAUUUUUAUCCACCAUUUGGCUAUUAUUGAUUAAUUUGGUGUUUAUAGGCCAGCUUGGCAUCUGACAAUCAUUUUCUGUGGAAAAAAUAUAUUUUGGCUUAUAAGUAAACUUUCAGAACACAAUCUCUUUGUUUGAGAUCACUUGUCAUAUUUCAGAAAUUUCCCUUGAAUUUCUACUCAGGAUUUCACUUUACAAAAUGAGUUGACAAACUUCCUUUAAUUUAGGAAUCAACACAACAGAAUUGGACAGGGAAUUAAGAGGUGCAGUUAUCUACACUAGUAUGAAAUAUUAGAUGAACAUUAAGUAAUAUUACUGAUAUGUAAUAUAUGAAUAUGAAAAGAUACAUGUUUGGUUGCUUCAUAGAAUGUUUGAGACUUGUUUUGGGGAUAUUUUAUAGGAACAAAGAAAUGAACCGUAUUUAAUGUAUGAGUGAGAAGGGCUAGCAGAUCUAUUUCCAUUUUUGCACACUUUAAAACAUGCGGAAACUGUUUGGCAAAGUUGACCCUUAUCUCUCUACAGGUCUUUCUUCCACUUCAGUUGCUAAUGGAUAGAAAGCUUCUCAGACUCCCAUGAUGCUUAUUAUAAGGUGUAGCACACAGUCGUCCAUUAUAAACUGACCAUCAAUUUGCAGGAGAGGUCUUUUUAUUUUGUGUUUUACAUUAGAAAAAUACAUUUGUAUAUCAGAUACAAGUACAAUAAUCUUCCCACGUAUGUAUUUUUAAAGACUUUUUAUACAGAGAAGGUAAAAAGUCAGAAAGUGCCCUUAUUUAAAGUUUAUGCUUUAUUUUUGGUUUAGAAAAUAGAAUCACUUAAGACCUAUUGCACUGAAAGCCCACUCAGUAUCUCUAGCUGUCCCUUUUCAUAAUGGGUUUUUCCUCUUUUUGGCAGACCAGGAACUUUUUGGAUAGCAGUGUUUUAAAUUCUAAUGUAUCUUAAAAAUACCCUAUAUACAACUAUAAUUUUUAAAAUAAAUGCUGUUAUAUUUAGACCUCAAAAUGCUUUGGAGAAACUUAAGAAUAGGGUCUCUUUAACAAACAGCUGUUAUGAAACAUUUUAAAUCCUUUUUUCUUUUAUUUCGGACUUAGAAUUGAAAAUGCCUAUUUGUUUCAGUGAAGGAAAUGAUGCCAGGAGAGGGAUAAUUAAAAUUGGAGCGUUCCAUGAAAAAGAGGUUGAGUUUCCAUAUGACAUCACUCCAGUGUUGAAAUAAUUUGCAUGCCAUGAUCUCUCCUGAGUUUGAAUCAGUCAGUACAAAAGUUCAUUUGGGCUACAUACUUCUCCUGUAUAUAUAGUACCUAUUAUAAAAACAUUUAAAUUAUAUGAAUUUUUCUGGAGAAAAGAUGGAUAAUAAAAAAAAUGUUUAUCUUGCUGUUUCUGCUUAUAUGGUAGGCAGAAUAAUGGUUCCCAACGGUGUCAUGCCCUAAUCACCAGAGCUUGUGAAUAUGUGGCUAAGGGGCUAUGCAAGUGUGGGUGAGGGUACAGACUUUGAGACAGAGAGUAUCCUGGAUUAUUGAGUGGACUCAGUUUACUCACAAAAGUCCUUAAAAGUGGAGAGCCUUUCAAAGAGUGACAAUGGAAGGUCAGAGAUUUGAUAUUGCUGCUUUGAAAAUGGAGAAGGUAGUUCCAGCCAUGGACUAAGGGCAGGCUCUAGACACGGGAAAAAGCAAGGAAACUUUCUCCAGCGGAGUUCCCAGAAAGGGAUGCAGCCCUUCUGGCGCCUCGAUGGUAACCUGCGGACACCUGUGUUGGACAUCUGCCUUACAGAACUGUAAGGAAAUAAAUUUAUAUUGUUUUUAAGCCACUAAGUUUGUGGUAAUUUGUUAUGGCAGUGUAGAAAACUAGUGCAUCACCCACUGUUUAUUGUUAAAAUGAAUUUGCAUUCCUUUGAAUCUAAAUUUUACUAGAUCACUGAAAUUGGGGAUUACCAUCUUAAUUGUUGUCAUAAAAGGGGUCAUCAGAUAAAGAUAAUGAGUUAUUAAAAAUGGUUACUGUGAAAAUAUAAAUGUCAUAAGAAUUAGGUUCUUACAAA